UUUCUAUGUUGAGAAAGUGAAAAGCUUUUUGAGCUGGAAUUAAGUGAAAGUAGCUUUGUGUUGGACAAAUUCUUGUUUGUUACUUUUGGGAGAUAAGCAAUUCAAUUAAAGUGGAUUUUUCGCUGAAAUGAAAGCGCCAUCAAACGGAUAUCUACCAAAUUCAGGAGAAGGAGAAAGAAAGCUCAUGAAUUCAGAGUUAUGGCAUGCUUGUGCUGGCCCAUUGGUUUCUUUGCCUCCUGUUGGAAGCCUUGUGGUAUAUUUUCCUCAAGGUCACAGUGAGCAGGUGGCGGCAUCAAUGCAAAAGGAGACAGAUGGAAUUCCAAGUUAUCCUAAUCUUCCUUCCAAGUUGAUCUGCAUGUUACACAAUGUUACUCUACAUGCUGACACUGAAACUGAUGAGGUCUAUGCUCAGAUGACUCUUCAACCUGUCAACAAAUAUGACCAGGAGGCUUUACUUUUAUCUGAUAUGGGCCUUAAGCAGAACAGGCAACCUGCUGAGUUUUUCUGUAAAACUCUCACUGCUAGUGAUACAAGCACACAUGGUGGAUUUUCUGUUCCUCGUCGAGCAGCAGAGAAGAUAUUUCCUCCUCUGGACUAUGCAAUGCAACCUCCUGCUCAGGAGCUAAUGGCUAGAGAUUUGCAUGACCAAGCAUGGACUUUCAGGCAUAUUUAUCGAGGUCAACCAAAAAGACACCUUUUGACUACCGGUUGGAGUGUCUUUAUCUCCUCUAAAAGGCUUUGUGCCGGUGAUUCUGUCCUUUUCAUAAGAGAUGAUAAGUCACAGCUUCUCUUGGGUAUAAAACGAACAAAUAGACAGCAGCCUGCCUUGUCCUCAUCUGUUAUAUCUAGUGACAGCAUGCACAUUGGGAUCCUUGCUGCUGCUGCUCAUGCUGCUGCAAACAACAGCCCGUUUACUAUCUUUUACAAUCCUAGGGCUAGCCCUUCUGAAUUUGUAAUUCCUCUGGCCAAGUAUAAUAAAGCUAUGUAUGCACAAGUUUCACUAGGCAUGCGAUUUCGGAUGAUGUUUGAAACGGAGGAGUCUGGAGUUCGUAGAUACAUGGGUACAAUAACAGGUGUUAGUGAUCUGGACCCCAUACGAUGGAAGAGCUCACAGUGGCGUAAUCUUCAGGUAGGAUGGGAUGAAUCAACUGCCGGGGAACGUCCAAGCAGAGUUUCAAUUUGGGAUAUUGAGCCUGUCGUGACUCCUUUUUAUAUCUGUCCACCACCAUUUUUCAGGCCCAAGUUUCCUAAGCAGCCAAGUUUUCCUGGUGAUGAGUCUGAUAUUGAAAAUGUUUUAAAGAGGGGGAUGCCCUGGAUCAAUGAUGAGUUAGGUCUAAAAGAUUCUCAAAACUCGAUAUUCCCUGGACUGAGCUUGGUACAGUGGAUGAGUAUGCAACAGAACAAUCAUGUGCCAGUUGCCCAAUCUGGACUUCCCAGUGUCUUGCACAGUAAUAUUGGCAGUGAUGACCAUUCCAAGUUGUUGAACUUUCAGUCACCUACAUUAGCUACACCAGGUCUCCAGUUCAACAAACCAAAUCAACUAAACCAACCAUUUGGUCAAAUCCAGCAGCCACCAUUAGCAUGGGCCCAACAGCAGCAGCAAUCGUUACAGUCUCCUGUAAGUGCACAGCAGCAACAACCCACACUGCAGCAACAGCAACACACGCUGCAGCAGCAACAACCCACACUGCAGCAACAGCAACACACGCUGCAGCAGCAACAACACACACUGCAGCAGCAGCAACAGCAACAACAACAACACACAUUGCAGCAGCAACAACAACAACACACACUGCAGCAGCAACAACAACACACACUGCAGCAGCAGCAACAACAACACACAUUGCAGCAGCAGCAACAGCAACAGCAACAGCACACACUGCAGCAUCAGCAGCAGCACACGCUGCAACAGCCACAGCAACACAUGUUGCAGCAACAGCCACAGCUUCAUCAGCAAGCACAGCAGCAGCUGCAGCAACAACAGCGUCCAUCCCAGCAGCAACAAUUGACCGGGAAUUCAUCACCAGUAAAUCGUUGUGUAUCCCCUAACCAGAUACCAAACCAAACUUUUCCACAAGCUGCGGUAUAUGGUCAGCUUCAGCAACAACAGGUGCUAUCAACUAGUACCCAAUCACAGCAAAAUGUUCCUGUCAAUAGAAAUCCAUUUCCUUCGACAUCCUUGGCACAGGACUUCCAAUUUCAGCAACAAGUGGAACAGCAAUCUAACCUCUUGCAGAAAUCCCAGCAACAGCAGACAAUACCACAACAAGCUCCACUACAAUUGUUGCAGCAAAGUUUGAUGCAGAGGCCCCAAGUGCAACCAUCAUCACAGCAGAGCCUUACGGAACAGCAGCUGCAACUACAGCUUCUUAAUAAACUGCAGCAGCAACAACAGCAACAGCAGCAACAAGCACAGCUAUUAUCUCCCGUAAGCUCUACUCUGGAGCCGCGUAUGCCCCAGCAACAACAGAACCGGCAACCACAAGAGCUCCAGUUUGCUCAUCAACAAUUGAGUUCCAACAUCGUGACCACAGCGACACAUCUCCAGUCAACCCAUCAUGCUUUCAACCAACUCCAAAGCCAGCACAAAUCCCCUAUAACAAUCAAAGCACUUUCUGGUGGUACAGAUGGAGAUGCUCCUUCAUGUUCAACAUCUCCUUCUACGAACAAUUUCCAAGUUUCACCACCAAACUUCUUGACCAAGAACCAAGGGCAAGCGAUACUGGUGGAUGAAUCUGUUGUUGAUCCUUCUCAAGAGCAAAACAAAUCCGAGUUUCGAAUAAAACAUGAACUAGUGUUCUCAAAAGGUUCAGAGCAGUCGAAGUACAAAGGCAAUAAUACUGAGAACUUAGAGGCAGCCUCAUCGACAACAUCGUAUGGGCUGGAUUCUAGUGGCUUCAACUUUUCAUUGCCUGCAUUAUGUGUGGAUGGUGAUGCUCAAUCACAUUCUAGGAACAGUCUACCUUCUGCAGCAAAUAAUAUAGAUGGACUGAACCCUGAUGCUUUGCUAUCAAGGGAUUAUGAUUCUGGAAAGGAUAUGCAAAACCUAUUCUCUCCUUUUGGCAAUGCCCCUAGGGAUAUAGAAACUGAAUUGUCUGAUGCUGGGAUCAAUUCUCAACAAUUUGGGGUGCCAAACAUGGCAUACAAGCCAAGAUGUGCCAACGAUCUUGCUGUUAAUGACAACGGUGUUCUGAAUAAUAAUGCAUGGACGAACCAGACUCAGCGCAUGAGAACAUAUACAAAGGUUCAAAAACGAGGCUCUGUGGGAAGAACUAUAGACGUUACUCGCUACAUAGGCUAUGAUGAACUAAGGCAUGAUCUAGCACGUAUGUUUGGAAUUGAGGGACAGCUUGAAGAUCCUCAAAGAACUGAGUGGAAGCUUGUGUAUGUUGACCAUGAGAAUGAUAUGCUGCUUGUUGGUGACGAUCCUUGGGAGGAGUUUGUGAGCUGUGUUCAGAGCAUCAAAAUCUUGUCUUGUGCUGAAGUGCAGCAGAUGAGCUUGGAUGGGGAUUUAGGUAAUGUGCCAGUACCAAACCAAGCUAGCAGUGGAACUGACAGUGGUAAUGCGUGGAAAGGACACUACGAUGACAACUCAGCUGCAUCAUUUAAUCGAUGAAGGUGCUCCAAUUAAAUGAACUAACUUUGUGAUACAUUGUCCUCAAGGCUGCAAACAACUCAGAUCUGCUGAUUCUAACUGAAGGCAAUUGAGGUAGUAGAACAUUACAUUCUAGGCAGCUGGUGGGAGCAACUCAUGGCGUGUUUUUGGAGUAAAUUCACAUACCUUUUGAAGUCCCCGCAUGUCUCAUGGCAGAGUUGAUAUUAGAUUAGUUCGAUCGCUACUUUAUUGUGAGGUGUGCAAAGCAGUUUUUAAUUUAUUAAUUAUUAUUUUUCAGAUCAAGUAGGUGUAAAUUAGCUUAGAAAUUCAGGCAUGACAAAAUUACAGGAAGAAACAUUCCUGGUGUACUAAAUUUAACAGAAAAUGUAUAGCUUUGACAGUUGUGGGAAACU